AUGUCUGAAUAUCCUGGUACGGCGGCCACGGCUACUCCCGUGGACCUGCACUCCAGCGUCAGUCAUGGCUCCCAACUCUCAACGCCCUCGAACAAAGCCUCACGUGACGACCUCAAGGACACUCGUUUCCCAGACGGCGACCUCGAGAAGGAAGUCGAAAUUCCCAAGAAGCCAGCGUCCGCUUACAUCACCGUCGUGCUGCUGUGCCUAUGUGUAGCGUUUGGUGGAUUUGUGUUCGGCUGGGACACCGGUACCAUCUCCGGGUUUGUGCAGCAGUCGGACUUCAAGCGUCGUUUCGGCCAGAUCAACAAGGAUGGCGUGCCAUACUUGUCCAACGUCAGAACUGGACUUAUCGUGGCUAUUUUGAACAUCGGGUGCGCUUUCGGUGGUAUCAUUCUUUCCAAAGUCGGUGACAUGUAUGGCCGCAGAAUCGGGCUUAUGACCGUGGUCGUUGUGUACGUGAUUGGCAUCAUCAUCCAGAUCGCCUCUAUCAACAAAUGGUACCAAUAUUUCAUCGGCAGAAUUAUCUCGGGUCUCGGAAUCGGCGGAAUCGCGGUUUUGUCGCCCAUGCUAAUUUCGGAAGUGGCUCCAAAACAUUUGCGUGGUACUCUGAUUGCGUGUUUCCAACUGAUGAUCACUUUCGGUAUCUUUUUGGGUUACUGCACCAAUUACGGUGUCAAGACCUACACCAACUCUGUCCAAUGGCGUGUGCCUCUAGGGCUUUGUUUCGCCUGGGCGCUAUUCAUGAUCGCGGGUAUGACAUUUGUGCCAGAAUCGCCUCGUUACCUGGUGGAAAAGGGACUAAUCGAAGAAGCCAGACGGUCGAUCGCCAGAUCCAACAAGAUCAGCAUGGAAGACCCUGCAAUUCAACUAGAAAUCGAUUUGAUCUCGGCUGGUGUCGAAGCCGAAAAAUUGGCUGGUUCUGCUUCCUGGGGUGAGAUUUUCUCUACCAAGACCAAGGUUUUCCAACGUUUAAUCAUGGGUAUCAUGAUCCAAUCUUUGCAACAAUUGACAGGUGACAACUACUUCUUCUACUACGGUACUACUAUUUUCAAGGCCGUGGGUUUGACUGAUUCGUUCCAGACCUCGAUCGUCAUCGGUAUUGUGAAUUUCGCCUCCACUUUUGUCGGGAUCUACACCGUCGAGAAAUUCGGUCGUCGUAAGUGUUUGCUAUGGGGUGCCGCCUCCAUGGUCGCCUGUUUCGUGGUCUAUGCAUCCGUUGGUGUUACCAGACUAUGGCCCGAAGGUGCUGACAACUCGCAGAUUUCGUCUAAAGGUGCCGGUAACUGUAUGAUUGUCUUCACGUGUUUCUACAUCUUCUGCUUCGCAACCACAUGGGCUCCAAUGGCCUACAUUGUUGUUGCCGAGUCCUACCCAUUGAGAGUCAAGUCCAAGUGUAUGGCCGUUGCCACCGCAUCGAACUGGCUAUGGGGUUUCCUAAUUGCUUUCUUCACGCCAUUCAUUACCACCGCCAUUCACUUCUACUAUGGUUACGUUUUCAUGGGAUGUUUGGUAUUUGCGUUCUUCUACGUGUUCUUCUUUGUCCCUGAGACCAAGGGUUUGACUUUGGAAGAAGUUCAGGAAUUAUGGGAAGAAGGUGUCUUGCCUUGGAAAUCCGCUUCAUGGUUGCCUCCUUCCAGAAGAGGUGCCGACUACAACAACGAUGAGUUGAUGCACGACGACAAGCCAUGGUACAAGAAAAUGAUGUAA